AUGGACAAGUACGGUAUUGGCACGGAUGCGACACAUGCUGAGCACAUAGAGAAGAUUAAGAUGAGACAGUACGUAGGUGUUCGUGAUGAUGGUCGUUUCAUUCCCGGAUUUCUUGGCCUAGCUCUUGUCGAUGGUUAUGAUGCAAUGGGCUAUGCCAUGAGUAAACCACAGUUGAGAGCGGAUUUGGAGCGUCAGUUACAAGCGAUUUGUGCUGGAGAGCGAACAAAACAAGAAGCAAGUUGUCUCGGUUUUGAAUUAGUGAUUACACCACUCUAUUUGUUGAUCAAUGUACUAGAUGAGCAACUUGGAAAAUACCGGCGAAUAUUCGUCCAAACCGAAGCUAAGAUUAAUCUUCUGUCCGAAGCGUUUGCAAGACUAAAUGCACAUGGAAUUGCCACACGGAUUUCGACGAUAGUCGAAUACAAGGCGGAUUUUAGUGAGACCGAUUGA